AGCUAGAGAGUACAACAGGCGGUCCUCCAUUAAGAUGGAUGCUGAUGAGGUUUUAAAAGAAUGGGUUAAAAAUACAGGACUUGAUGAAAAUGAAAUUUUUCAAGAUACAGAAGAAGCUGAACAGACCAGGUUGGAAACCCUCAAGGAACUUGUCGAGGAUGUGAAAGAAGAUUAUGUGUACCAAAAUGUUAUGUUGCGAUUUGGAGACUCUUCAAACCAGGUACUGAACAAAAUGUUCAGUCGCAUAACUACUUAUAGACCGAGUUUAAUGAAUGACGGUGUGGACGAAGGUGAUGGUGGAACUAAACAGAAAAGGUUCAGGAAAAACAGAAGUGUUCGAAGCAGUGUAUUCCGGAAACUCCCUCGAAAAGUAGUGGUUGAAAUGGCACCUGAAGAAGAAGGCUCAGACAUUCUGCAUACCAACUGCGAAAAACCUCUAGUUCCAGAUGAUAUUUACAGAGAAGGACUCCGAUGUUCUCUUAUAAAUUCUUCUAAUCCUUAUAGCCUGUGGCCUUCCAGGACUUCAUAUCGAUCUAAGCUAUCUUCUCUGUCUGGAGUACUGCAGCGAGAAGGUUUUCAAAGAAGAAAACUACUGUCUAAAGACGAACGGUCUCCUGCGUAUUGAUGUAUAAUAAAUUAAUUACCAUAAUCUGGCUUUUCAUCUAACUUGACAUAGUACUUCACCGACAACAAAGGUUUUGCUAAAAAUAAAGUAUAAAUUACCAAAUAUUGUUUAUAUUUUCAAGCUGAUGAUUUAUAAAGGCCUAUUUAGUUGUUUAGUUCAUCAGAACUUUGUAUUCUGUUAGAUGAUUAACUGUAAAAUCAAUUUGAAUAGAAAAAAAAACAGCUGAAACUAAGAAUAUUAAAAUAGAAAGGCUAUUAGGGGCCUUUCAAACAGUAUGUAACGCUUGAAAGAAGGCUAUUUUGAGCGUUACUGAAUGUUACUGUAUGGGGGGAGUAUCCUUAAACGAUACGUAAAGAUAAUAACCACUUAAAAAUCGUAUAUUAGGCAACAACGAAGCACCUAUUAAACUCAAGGCUGUGUUACUGAUCGUUCUAUGACAAUGUUGUGUUUAACGUCAAGUUUUGCGUCACAUUGUCGUCUCAUUUUAUUGCACUUAAGGCACACUUUAAUUAAUCCACAAAAAUACAUGAAAUUAUUCUCAGUAAGAAAUAAAAUACUAAUAAAGUUGAAUUCGCAGA